UUAGAAAAAUCUGCAGAUUGCGCGUGCGCGGUGCGCGUCCGUUCCCCUUCAGUCUGUCCUUUCGCGCUGCACAGAAAUCCUGUCAGGAACAUUGACACACGGCAAACACGGUAGACUGAUGGUGUGUGUUUGGUUGUGAUCUCUGACCCCAGAUCAUGUCUGAGAAAGGACAGAAGCAGAAAGGAAGCAGUGCGAGCUGCCAUCACUGCACGCCAAAGACAUGCGCAAACAUGGCCGUCCCUCCUGCGUACGCUGACCUCGGCAAAUCUGCCAAAGAUAUCUUCAGCAAAGGAUACGGCUUCGGAGCUGUUAAGUUGGACCUGAAGACCAAGUCUCAGAGCGGAGUUAUGGAUUUCACCGCCGGCGGCUCCAGUAACACAGACACCGGAAAAGCGUCUGGAAACCUGGAGACCAAGUACAAGGUGAAGGAUCUGGGCUUGACUUUGAACCAGAAGUGGAACACAGAUAAUGUUCUGACCACUGAAGUGACUCUGGAAGAUCAGCUGGCCAAAGGUCUGAAGCUGGGACUGGACACUUCAGUCGUGCCCAACACUGGGAAGAAGAGCGGGAAGCUGAAGACGGGUUAUAAGCGUGAUUACAUGAAUGUGGGCUGUGAUAUAGCCUUCGAUCUGUCCGGACCGACGGUUCACGCCGCAGCCGUUCUGGGUUAUGAAGGCUGGCUGGCCGGGUAUCAGAUGGCCUUCGACGUGGCCAAGUCCAAACUGGCCCAGAACAACUUCGCUUUGGGCUACAAGGCAGGAGACUUCCAGCUACACACCAAUGUUAAUGAUGGCACAGAGUUCGGCGGCUCCAUCUAUCAGAAGGUGAACGGUCAGCUGGAGACGGCGGUGAAUCUGGCCUGGACCGCAGGGAGUAACAACACACGCUUUGGCAUCGCUGCUAAAUACCUGCUAGAUAAAGACUCCUCCAUCUCUGCCAAAGUCAACAACGCUAGUCUGGUCGGAGUGGGAUACACACAGAGCCUCCGUCCAGGUGUGAAACUCACUCUGUCCGCUCUGAUCGAUGCCAAGAACUUCAAUGCUGGAGGACAUAAGGUGGGCAUGGGCUUCGAGCUGGAGGUGUGAUGACGCAGACACACACUGAUGGGAAGUAAAGAAACACAGGGAGCUGACGGCACCACUUCAGCCCCUGCAGAAACACACGUCUAAUCUGGCCUUAAAACCCUUGUAGAACCAAUAAGAAACCGGAUCAGCAGUCACAUGAUUCCUGGCCACACCAAUCCUCCAUCACCAGCUCACUAUUCAACAACAGCUUCCUCUUUAAUGUUACACACGUGGCACCAUAUCAUUUCUUUACUGGAUAAAUAUUGUGUUUCUGAACCGUCACACAGGAUCUGAUGUGUUCAUGGGUUUAAUGAUCGAUGAAUGUCAAGCCCCUCACGUUCAUCGCCCGAUGCAUAAUAUUUUAUCACAGGUUUGUUGUCUGUGUUUGUGGGCUGGAGUUUUGUUUUUUGUCUUUAUCCCCAUAAAAAAGUGAUUUAUGUUAAAAGUGGAGGACUAGAAGAAGAAACUGAUGUUGUGGAACUCAAUAAAGUGGAAUGUUAACUGAAUAAAA